ACCUGAUGGGAAAGAGGCACAACAUGAGAUCAAGUACAGGUUUGGUGGAAAUCAUUGGGUUGACAGAGAAAUUCACAUUUAAUCCUAAAGAGGGAAUAGACAACCCAGUGAUGGUCAUCACAGACGACGCAGACUCCAUGCCGACACCCAGCCCACGUCUGUGUGUUCUUAAACGAGAGGAAGGGGAGUCCUAUGGCUUUCAUUUGCGAGUGGAGAGGGGGCGUCAGGGUCACAUAAUCAGAAAGGUGGUGUCAGGGGGAGUGGCUGGGUGCAGUGGCCUUCAAGAUGGAGACAGGCUUCUGGAAGUCAACAACUGCUAUGUGGACGAUGUUCCUCACCCUGAGGUGGCCAGGAAGAUAAAGCUGAGUGGACACCAGUUAUAUUUAUUAGUGUUGGAUGGGGAGGAGUAUGAGCAGGCUGUGUUGCGAGGCCAAGAGCUCCAAGACCUGGUCAGAGCACACAAGGGCGAGGACUGUAAACCACCCAGACUCUGCCACAUCACCAGAGAUCCUGUCUCCGGUCUGGGCAUUAACUUCUCGCCUGUGGAAGGAGAGAAAGGUCGCUUCUCCGUGAACCUGGUGACAGGAGGGGCAGCUGAAAAGGCAGGGGUGUGUAAGGGAGAUCGCCUGGUGUGGAUAAACGGAGCAACAGUGUCCGACCUCACACACUCAGCACUCAGCAGGAUGAUGAAAAAAUGUGGCAAUCACAUCACCAUCCUGGUGAUUGACAGUGAGAGUGAGAAGAACUACAUGCGACAGAGGAUGCCUAUCCUACCCACCAUGGCUGUUCCACACAACCUGCCUCAUAGGGCCAGAAAACUCCACCUGGUCUCUGGGCCUGAGGGCUACGGCUUCUUCCUUCGGCUGGAGAAGACGCCAGCAGGACGCACAUCUCAUGUUCUGCGUGAGAUGGACAGAGACGGUCCAGCAGAAAGGGCAGGUAUGCAGGACGGGGAGCUGCUGCUGGAGAUCAAUGGAGAGUCAGUGGAGACAGUGACGCACGAGGAGAUUGUGGACAGAGUGAGACAGAAUAAACAACAGGUUACCUUCACCACCAUCACUUCCCAGGGGCUCGAGUUUUACACCCAGUUGGGUCUAUCACCUCUUCUCUUCUGUGAGGAUGCUGCAGCUGAGAAAGAAGAGGAGAGCAGUGCACCUGCCUCUGAGGCAGAGAAGUCAGUACAAAAGGAAAUGGAUGGCUCGUGCAAGUCUAGACUCUGUUCUCUCCGAAAAGGCCCUUUGGGGUUUGGCUUUAAUCUGGGUUGUGUCCCAGAGAAUCCUGGGACUUUCAUCAGCCAGGUGGCUUUUGGUGGCUCUGGGCAGAGUGCAGGACUACUUGUGGGUGAUGUGGUGAUGGAGGUCAAUGGAGAAAAUGUGGAGGACAAAUAUCUGGAAGAUGUGAUUAUGCUUGUGAAGGAAGGAGGAUCUUUUCUUUCACUAUCAGUGAUGGAUAAGACUAGCUAUAACAAGAUGAAGCAGACUGACACACCAACCAGAAAUGUCACUGAGCAGAAGGAAGACAACAAUGAGAUAUCAUGGUUGUGAGCAACAAAGACACAUCAUUCUGAAGACAUUCUCCCAUCCCAUAUGUCUACUGAGGAGAUUUCAAACUGGGCUGAACAAGAAAAAACAAAUAUUAUUAACUUAUUGGCAAAGAGUUUGUUAAUCUAAUCAGGGUUUCACAAAGGAGAAAAAAGAUAAAUGAAACUGUAAAUGUGUAUUUGCAUAUGAUAUGUAUAUGUAUUUUUGGUUUGGUAUUAUACUGCACAGCUAGAGAUGUUGAACAUUUUGUCUGCCACAUAUGAGCUCAAUCAGAUAAAGCAGAAGAUAGAUUAAAUGCUCCAGAUCUUAAAGCACCAUGAUAAACUAAAUUUCCUAUUGUACUGAGAUGAAAAGAAACCAGUGGGUGUGUGUUUGAGCAGAAAAAACAUUUGGAAAACUACUAUUACUACGAUUCUUUAGAAAAUGAACAGCAGUUAUAUAAAGUAUUGAUGAUAAAUGGGGAAAAACACUGGUAUGGCCAAUUAAUACUAUGUAAAA